UCCGCACUCUCCAGCGGCGCUCCAGGUUGGGAAGCGCAGACCCGACUCGGGAGUCGCGGCAGCAUCUCCCGGGAACUGCGUUUGCAAAGAACUGCACGCACCCGGCUCAAGUUCAAGCAGAAGCCAGAAGCGCAGGAGAGCGAGCCGCAGACUCUUUUUUUUUUUUUUUUCCUCACUGAGAAAAGACUCUUAGAAACCUGAGAUUUUUUUUUAAGUGAUGAGGAGCCGAGCGAGCAGGUGAUUGCAAGAGACUUAAAAGUCCGCCCCGAACUCCGGAGCAGGUGGCUGACAACAGGCAUGCUGGCCUCCGCCUGCAAACUUUCAGACUGCUGAAGACUCGGGGAACGGCCCUGCGUCUCCGCCUCUCCCGUCGCAUCCCGGAGUUGCCAGCAGUCGCCGGGCGCGGGGCAGACCCGAGCCCACCUGGUCCAGGAUGAACCCCGCUCCGCACCACGGGAUGCACACCUCCCUCCACUUCUGGAACCACAGCGCGUACGGCGGCGGCGGCGGCGGAGGCGCGCGCGGCAACGCCAGCGACGCGCUGGGGAGAGCCAAGUCGGACGCAGGGUGCUACGAGCAACUUUUUGUCUCUCCCGAAGUGUUCGUGACCCUGGGGGUCAUUAGCUUGUUGGAGAACGUCCUGGUGAUCGUGGCGAUCGCCAAGAACAAGAACCUGCACUCCCCCAUGUACUUUUUCAUCUGCAGCCUGGCGGUGGCUGACAUGCUGGUGAGCGUUUCCAACGGCUCCGAGACCAUCGUCAUCACCCUACUGAACAGCACGGACACGGACGCGCAGAGCUUCACGGUGAACAUUGACAAUGUCAUCGACUCGGUGAUCUGUAGCUCCUUGCUGGCGUCCAUCUGCAGCCUGCUCUCCAUCGCCGUGGACAGGUACUUCACCAUCUUCUACGCGCUCCAGUACCAUAACAUCAUGACCGUCAAGCGCGUGGGCAUCAUCAUAAGUUGCAUCUGGGCGGCUUGCUCGGUGUCGGGUAUCCUGUUCAUCAUUUACUCGGACAGCAGCGCUGUGAUCAUCUGCCUCAUCACCAUGUUCUUCACCAUGCUGGCGCUCAUGGCUUCUCUGUACGUCCACAUGUUCCUCAUGGCCAGACUCCACAUUAAGAGGAUUGCCGUCCUCCCGGGCACGGGCACCAUUCGCCAAGGGGCCAAUAUGAAGGGCGCCGUCACCUUGACCAUCCUCAUAGGGGUCUUCGUGGUCUGCUGGGCUCCGUUCUUCCUCCACUUAAUAUUCUACAUCUCCUGCCCCCAGAACCCCUACUGCGUGUGCUUUAUGUCUCACUUUAACUUGUACCUCAUCCUGAUCAUGUGUAAUUCCAUCAUCGAUCCUCUCAUUUAUGCGCUCCGGAGCCAAGAGCUGAGGAAGACCUUCAAAGAAAUCAUCUGUUGCUACCCUCUAGGGGGCCUUUGUGAUUUGUCCAACAGAUAUUGAGUGGACACUGAGAUGCCGGAAGCAUGCCUACAAGGGUUUCUCCCCGUACCCCCUGAACUGUGUGCUUUCUCUUAUGUGUGUGGCACUAGCUGAGACUGUGGCCUGAACUUAAGUGGAUGAAUUAUAAUAUAAAUAAAUGCUUUGUCUCUGUGUAUUGUGAAUGCCAUGCUGUGCUUUGGCUGUAAAAUGUUUAUCCAUCUUAUACAUGGAAAGCACUGUAAAACUGUAAAUUCAUAAGAAAUGAGAAAUGAUCUUAAUUAAAAGUUAAACAAUUUCUCCUCGUUGUUCAUCAAAAUGUGAUGGUUUGUGUUGUCAUUAAAAGUCACAAUCUCUUUAAAUAUAAUCUAAUAAACGGUUUCUCCCAUUAUAAACAACAA